CUGACAAGGUGACUAGGUGGGGUGAUGCACAUUUUAAAGAGAGAAACAGUAGAGAUGAUGGCACGAACAUUGCUAGAUGCUUUGUCAAAGGCUGCCAGUGUUACUACCAGACCAAAUGCCGCUGCCACUACUCACACACCUGCCACGCCAGUCUCCACCCCUUCCGUCACUAUAGUGAAUCAGGCUUUAAAAAGGCAGUUUCCAAAUAUGUUCCAGACAAAACAUGAGCCAAAGAGGAGGAAAGGCAGGUUCUCUACUUCUGUAAGGUCUAGUCCAGCUAAGACCAUUAACCUGACGAUUUUUGCCCUGCCUGGACCCACCACUCACACUCCAAAAUCCUCCAAAGAAUUGGAGUUAGUCCAUGCAGGGCUAGGAAGAAGACUGGUGACGUUAACAGAGGACUGCAAACAUGCUGAUAUUGUGACGCAGAUAGAAAAUGAGUUCAAGAAAUUCCGCCCUCUUGAAGGAAGAUGGAUGUUUUUCAAAGCAGCAGGUGGCUGUGGCCAAAGGAAGCUCUCAGCUGUUCCCAUGGACACAGAGGGUUACUCAGGACAGCAGCUCUGUGCUGUAACCAACAAUGGGAAAAAUCACCUUUUCCUGGUUCCCUUGCAAGAGGAGUUGGACAUGGAACCGCUGCCCUAUGAUUCAGCUGAAUUUGAGAGGAUGCCACAAGUGCUCUGUCUAACUUGCAAUGCCACCAUGCCUCUUCAAAUGUUGGCACUCCAUGCUGCAAACUGCCAGCCAACAGUAAAUGUGCAAGAUGAUGAGGUGGUCAUAGAAGAUGAUACAGAGGAACAAGGGGUGUGUCCAGUUUGCCAAAAAGAAUUCCCUAUAGAGGAUUUCGAUGUGACAUCACAGGUCACGUGA